GACCGUAGCAAUGCUAAUUUCGAAAUUCGAUGCGGCAAUAAGAAGUUUAAGAUCUAUAAGACGAUCAUUCGCGCUUACUCUAAUGUGCUUACUAAGGCAUGCGACAAUCGUUCAUUCGAGGCAACGCUAUUAGGUAUCCUCGAUCUUAAGGCGUAUCCCUAUAAUAAUAACCUUAAUAACCUCGGUAACGGAGACGAUCCUAACAUAGUCGAAGAGAUAGUCUACUUCUUCUACUACCUUAAACUAUCCCCUAAAGCUCGCGGCAUGUACCGCUAUACGACAGAUAAAGAGCUUUCUAGACACUCGCUCAUUCUUUUAGCUAGAAUCUACGUUCUCGCUAAGAAAUACUUUAUCGAAGCAUUAAAGGCAAAAGUACUACAUUACUUCUCCUACAUAAUAAGAUACCCUAUUUAUCUAGAGCUUGUAGAGGCUUAUUACAUUAUCUAUAAGAAGACUAUCGAACCGGCUAGCAAGCACGGAUUAAGGACUAUAGUAGUAAAGGCCCUUGCCUGUAACUAG